GGGCCAGCCACCGACAAAACAGUCGAGUUUCAGCCACGCACCGACCAAGUUGUUCGAGCGCGUGAGUCCCCGACCUGCCCAGUGGAUAUAUUGUUUAAAAUCACUUGAUAACCGUGCCGUAACGCGCCGUAAACUCAAUCAAAAAUUUAUGAACGGACUGCUAAUAAGGAAAUUGUCUUCGUAAAUUCAUCAGGAGCCCCAAAGAACGCCACAGCCAUGGACAUUGUCAUACGCGAGGAGGACAUUUCGCUGGCCCAGAUCGGGGUCUACGCCUCGGUCUCCUUUCUGGUGGUGUCGGCCGUGGGAGCGGCUCUCUACACCACCUGCUCGAGGCGCUACCGCCUCAACUGGUUCGAGCAGAACCUCCUGGAGUCGGCCAACGAAAAGGACGAGGAUCAGCAGAGCAGGGAGGCCCUGGUGGCUGGUGCCGCCGGCUACAAUGUGGACAACCUCAACGAGUGCUCGCGCGGCAAUCUGAGUCCCACUUCCCUGAAGAACGACGAGAACGACCCGGCCUUCUGGGUGCCGGCCUCGGUGACUUCCACGGCCGCCGUCCAACAACAAGUGUCUAACACCACGGAGGAGUCGGCCCCGCCCACUCCCACCUCGCCCACUGGCAGCCUCAAGUCGAACACCCUGUCCCUGUGCUCCACCGCUUCCGUGCCCAUCGCCCGAUCGGACAAGCACGUCGUCCUGGCCAUGCACCCCACGCGUCCCCGCGUCUCCUCCAUGAACGCCAAAUUGGAUCACACCAAAAUCGACAUGACCCUCUACAGAAGCCACGCUCAGCCAAAGACCUUGGACCCCGCUCCGGCCAUCGAAGUGCGUGGAAACCUGCACGUGGGCAUCAGCUACGAUCCUGUGGGGGGUCUGCUCAACGUGCGACUGCUGGAGGCUCAGAACCUGCAGCCCAGGCAGUUCAGUGGCUCUGCUGAUCCGUACGCCAAGGUGCGCCUCUUGCCCGACAAAAAGAACUUUUGGCAGACGCGCAUUCACAAGAAGACCCUGAAUCCAGUUUUCGACGAGCACUUUGUCUUUGAGGUGGCCGCUGGGGUCAUCGACAAGCGAACUGUGGAGAUUCUGCUGUACGACUUUGAUGCCUACUCGCGGCACGUGUGCAUUGGCGGCACGAAGCUCCAUCUGGCGAACAUCGAUCUGAGCGAACAACUGCAGCUGUGGACGCCCUUGAGCUCUGCCUCGGCCCAGGACAUGAAAGUGGAUUUGGGGGACAUAAUGGUGUCCCUGGCCUACCUUCCCUCGGCCGAACGCCUGAUGGUGGUGCUGAUCAAGGCCAGAAAUCUGCGGAUUGUGGACGAUGCCAGGAACUCCUCCGAUCCGUACGUGAAGGUGACUCUCCUCGGGCCUGUGGGCAAGAAAAUGAAGAAGCGCAAGACCGGCGUCCAGCGGAGCACCGUCAAUCCUGUGUACAACGAGGCCCUGGCCUUUGAUGUCAACAAGGAGACGCUGAAGAACUGCGUGCUCGAGUUUACUGUCGUCCACGACGGUCUUUUGGGAUCGAGCGAAAUCUUGGGCCGCACUCUCAUCGGCAACUCGUCCGAGGUGCGCACUGAGGAGAAGAUCUUCUUCGAGGAGAUGUUUCGCGCCAAAAAUGCCACCGCGCAAUGGGUUCCACUCCAGGAGCCAGCCACCAAUUUGGCCAAUGCAGCCAAGUCCACCACCAACAAGAACUAGCUUCCACAGCUCGGUUUGUGUCUGAGAUGAGGCCGAACUGCUUGGUGGAACGUAAGACGCAUGUAGAACUCAAUGGUUCCGAAAACAGUCGUGGCGCACUUGGCGCCACUGUACGAUGCAUGCGACAUGUCAAGUGGAUGUAAAAUUGCCAAAUUUCGGCAUUUCCUGCCAAAAAAACUUCUAUAUUUCCAAUCUAUAUCGGACCGACUCUUAAAAACUAACAAAUUUAGUUCAAUUUACUGCAACUCAGCUACAAAAAACAAAAACAGGUAAAAAUUGUAAAGGUGGGCCACGAAGGAAAGUAACGUAAAUGUAGAUGUAGAAAAGAGGAAAAAAUAUUUUCAAAAAUUUUUAGAAAAUCAACAAAACAAUCAAAUCGAACUUGGAAACAAAGGGAACUGCAGGGAUACGUUUUAAGAAGGAUGUCUGAAUCGGUAAAAAGAGUGUCAAAUGGUAUUUUCCAAAAUCUAACCAAAAUCAAAUACUUUGUGCUUUCCAAUGGUAUCAAUUAAUCAAAGAAUAUAUACAAUACAUACAUAUACGCUAA